UCAACAGAUUGUGGUCAGGUUUGAAGCAGGUCAGUGAAGGCGACGGAACAGUGUUUCAGCGGUGCUUAACAGUAUUUUAAUCUGAACCAAGAAAUACAUCAUAUCAAAACAGUACAUUUCAAGUCUUACUUCUAAAAUUCAGAGGAACCAAAAAAAGACAAACACUUGACAAAACAAUUGAAUAACCCUUUUCCUCAGCUUUAAUAUCUUUUGAAAAAUCAGCUGUAGCUAUUUAUUUUUUACUAUCCCUUCUCCACGUGAAGCAACCCCAGUAAAACAAGUAACAUAUUCCGAGUCUGCUUUGGAGCGAGAUGUGUCAGAUAUAUUUUUCACAGAGGGAGAUGAGUAGCGACUGAAAAACUCAUCACCAGGAGGCAACAAAGAUUGAAUGCAGCAACUGCAAAGUAUUCUAGACACCGAACACAUUUGAUAGCAACACGCACCCUGAGCUUGGAAAAGUCUAGACCACAUUUCAUUUGCCUUUGUCAAUUUGUCUUUACCUUCGUCAAAGGAAACUGUGUCCAAUAUGAAUCAAACAGCCUGCGUCUCUCAUCAAAUACCAUGCCAGUCAUCUAAGGAUAUGGACUUUGUGCAAGUAAGCCCUGAAUCGAGGAACUACAAAGGAAUAGCCAUCUCCCUGCUGGUCAUAGUGGCAGUUUGCUCCCUCAUCACCAUGUCUGUCUUUGUUCUCACACCAGUGGAACUUCCUGGUGCGGCUAACUCCAGACUUACUGUGCUAGACCUGUUCAAGCCAGACUUCUCGGUGCACGAUCCUGAGGCCAGGUGGAUAAGUGAUUCAGAGGUUUUGUACAGGAACCGAGACGGCCAUGUCAUCAAGUUCAACUUUGCUUUAAAUGAAACAGAAAUGAUCCUGAGAAAUAGCACAUUUGUGUCUUUCAAAGUAGCCAAAUAUUCUCUCUCUCCAGACAUGAAAUAUGUGCUAUUUGCUUACGAAGUGAAACAGGUGUAUAGACACUCCUAUACGGCGUCGUACAUUGUUUACAACAUCCACACAAGGGAGGUGUGGGAGUUGAAUCCUCCGGAGGUCCAGAAUGCAGUGCUCCAGCAUGCAGCGUGGGGUGUGAAAGGACAGCAGCUGAUCUACAUCUUUGAAAACAACAUCUAUUACCAAUCAGAUGUGCAGAGCAAUUCUCUUAGGAUUACUUCGUCGGGAGAGGAAGGAGUCAUAUUUAAUGGAAUUGCUGACUGGCUGUAUGAAGAGGAGAUUCUGCAGUCACACAUAGUCCACUGGUGGUCACCUGACGGAGAGAGACUGGCCUUCCUCAUGAUCAACGAUACCCUGGUACCCAACAUGUUCCUGCCCCGGUUCACUGGCAGCCCCUACCCCAGAUCACAGGAGUACCCAUACCCCAAGGCUGGCCAGCCCAACCCUACAGUCAGGCUGUUGGUGGUGAACCUGUACGGCCCCACACACACUCAGGAGCUGGUACCACCUGAUGGCUUGAAAGGAAGAGAACACUAUGUGAGUAUGGUGAAGUGGAUCAGCAACACCCAUGCAGCGGUUCGAUGGCUCAACCGGCCCCAGAACGUGUCCUUCAUCACUGUGUGUGACGCCACCGUUGGAUCCUGUGUACAGAAACACGAGGAAGCUUCAGAUCUCUGGCUCACCAGACAGAACCAGGAGCCAGUGUUUUCAAAGGACGGGAGUAGGUUUUUCCUGACCAUACCGGUGAAGCAGGGGGGACAAGGAGACUUCCAUCAUAUUGCCAUGUUCACCAAAUCGUUCAGAAGUGAUCAAAAUGAUGCCCGUCACUUGACGUCAGGCAACUGGGAGGUCACCAAGAUAUUAGCCUAUGAUGAGGGGGAGCAAACCAUAUAUUUUAUCGGUACUCAAGACUCCCCACAAAAGAGGCACGUGUACAGUGCAUCUACUAUUGGUCUGUUCUCUCAACGAUGUUUGACCUGUGAGAUGAACCAGGAAGCAUGCACGUUCUUUGAUGCAGACAUCAGCCCAAACAAACAGCAUGUUAUUCUACAGUGUAAAGGUCCCGGUGCUCCAUCUGUGAUGCUGCAGAGUUUUAACGAUGUAAACACUUACUUUAUAUUGGACAACAACAUGCCUCUGAGAGCUGCCUUGGAAAUCAAAAAGAUCUCUAAGUCAGAUGUCAGGGUUAUUCCAAGUGAAGACUUUGAGCUGCCUUUGAAACUCACUUAUCCCCUUGACUUUUCUGAAUCUCUUCUCUAUGGCCUUCUUUUGAUUGUUGAUGGUGGGCCUGGCAGUCAGUCGGUGAGUGAUGAGUAUGAGCUGGGUUGGGACUCGGUGCUGGUCAGUUGUGAUGAGGUGAUUGUGGCCAGGCUGGAUGGCAGGGGGACAGGCUUCCGGGGCCUGAGAGUCCUGCAGCAGGUCCACCAGCGCCUGGGUACCGUGGAUGUUCAGGACCAGAUAGCUGCAUUGGAAUACUUGAUGACACUCCCAUACAUUGACCGCGCGCGGAUCGGAAUCUACGGAAAGGGAUACGGUGCUUACCUCACCUUGAUGCUUCUGAGGUCCACUGCGCUGAUUAAGUGUGCAGCUGCUAAUUCCCCAGUGAUUGACUGGAAACUUUACGCUUCGGCAUUUUCAGAGCGGUACUUUGGCCUGACGUCAAAGAACGACAACAGAUAUCAAGUUUCUAGAGUGCUUCCAAAUAUGAAAGGACUGCAAGGAAACAUGAUGAAAGGCCCCCAAGGACCGGAUUUUCUGUUGAUUCACGGAACAGCUGAUGCAAAUGUUCAUUUCCAACAUUCAGCGGAGUUGAUUAAGCACUUGAUCAAAAUUGGAGCGAACUACACAAUGCAGCUUUACCCAGACGAGGGCCACUUCCUGUCCCUGCAGAGCCAACAGCACCUGUCUGAGUCCCUGGUUGGCUACUUCAGAACAUGUUUUCAGGACUUCAGCACACCGCUACCUGAAGAGAUAGGCAAAGAGGAUGAUGACUGACAGGGUUGGGGUUAGAUGGUGACUGACAGGUUUAGGGUUAGAUGAUGACUGACAGGGUUAGGUUUAGAUGGUGACUGACAGGAGGACGUGCAGACGGGCCGUGUGUGGAUCUGGGAUCGCUAUGUUGAAGCAGUACAGUGACUGCUCUGCCCUCGCGAGGGCUGUUGGCUGUUGAUUAGGUGUCCAAUGUAGGCAAGACAUAGCUGAUGUGGGGUAAUGUGGUGUGUGUGUGUUUGGUGUGUGCGUGCGUGCGUGCUUGCUUGCAAAAUGCAGGACUACAGAUCAUGGAGGCUUUCUAUUGGUAGAACAGCACAAUGGUUGGACAAAAUCUGAGAGUUAAAUGUUAUUUUUGACAUUUUUUAAAUUCCACUCAGUGAUACACUGGUUUCUCCCUUCACAGCUUUUACCAUCAGCUGUAUCGUUAUACUGUGAAAGCAUGCUUUUGUUGAAGCCCACGUUUACCCACAUUAUUCCAAUUGUACUAAGCAUCAUCAACACAAUUCUACCGCUUUCCGUCUGUCUUAACCCAUUCCUAUCUGUGCACUAAUAAUGCUUCAAUUUUACUUUCAGUUACUGACAUGCACACAUAUUAGGUGACGUUACAUACGAUAUAGCGCCAUAUUAUUUGAUAUUUUUCAUGUCUUUAUGAUACGCUGUUUUCAGCUGUACGUUUACAGUAGACAGUGUGUAUAUUUCUGAGAUGUGUGUUACAGGGGAGUGAUCUAUUAGAAUAUUGUGUGAAUGAAUAGUCUUUGUUUUUGCUGCGGUUUGUUACACUUCAGAUGAAUAGCCAUUGUCUUUGGAUUAAUUGAACAAUAAAGAACUUAAGAAAACAA